CUGCACUGCUAUGACUGAGGAACCCGUUCUGGCAUGGUGAAUCUAAAGGCAAAGAAGAAAGUCGGGACUUCCUUCGGGCCCACAGCACCACCCAUCAUUGACUAUCUGAAAGAUAUUCUACGGCGAUAUCCAGAUGGUGGACAAAUUUUGAAGGAGCUGAUUCAAAAUGCAGAUGAUGCUCGAGCCACAGAAGUGGUUUUCAUCCAUGAUGAGCGAAGCUAUGGGACUGAAAGCCUUUGGACUGAAGAACUGGAGACAUACCAAGGUCCUGCUCUCUAUGCCUACAACAAUGCCGCAUUCACUGAUGAAGACUGGAAAGGAAUUCAGAUGGCUGGAAGGAGUGUCAAGCGUGAUGACCCAAACAGAGUGGGAAGGUUUGGAAUCGGCUUCAACUCUGUUUACCACAUAACAGAUGUGCCAAGUAUAUUCAGUUCAGAGCAUCUUGGCAUGAUGGAUCCCCAAGAAAAAGUAUUUGGAGAGAGAAAUGGAGGGUUUCGGUGGUCUUUGGAUGAUGCUGAACACCAAGAAGUUCUGUUGAAUAUGAGUGAUCAGUUUCAACCAUUUAGAGAUAUAGUCUCACUUGUAUGUGAACAUGGAUGGUCAAAAGUUGUCAUGGAGGAUCAGCACUUCAGUGGGAAUUUUAGAUUUCCUCUACGCAAUGAAGCAUCAGAGAUUUCUGAUAAUCUGUAUGACUCAGAUAAAGUGGUUGAGCUUUUUGAUAGCUUCAUUGCAGAUGCAGAUUUGAGCCUCCUCUUCUUGAAAAAUGUCACCUCCGUGUCCUUGUUACAUAUUAGUGAAGAUGGAGCUGUUAACACCAGACUUGAAGUGAAAUCUUCAGUCCCCACAGAUGGUGUUUUGGAGCCAGAAGAGGAGUCAGUCACUGAGGGUCUAACAAGGUUCAAAGUUAUAACUGUGAGUUCAGAAGACCAAAAAGAGACAAAGUGGCUUCUGACAACAUGUACCAUGAAAGAGGGCGUUGCAGAAGAUCUCGAUUUGCUUACAAAGAAGUUGAGCUUUUUACCUCAAGUUGACCUGGCAUUCCCCUGUGGUGAGAAGAGAGACUGUAGCCAGAGCAGACUGAGCUGCUUUCUCCCCCUUCCAAACAAUGAAUCCAAUAAGACAGGACUCCCAGUUUAUGUCAAUGCAUGCUUUGGCCUCACAGACAAUAGAAGACACAUCAAAUGGCAAGAGGAAGACCAGAGACAUGAUGAACAUGCAUUGUGGAAUGAAAUGCUGAUGAAGAAGGUGUUUCCACAAGCAUACAUCAAGAUCAUUCAAGAUGCCAUUAAACUUGCCCAAAAAUCUAUCCUCCCUGUUUCCUCUGUGUACAAUCUGUGGCCAGAUCUCACUCAGAUACAACACAAAGACAAAUGGCAUGCUCUCACUCUGGAUGUUUUUCAUCACUUAUUCAGACAGAACGUGGCCAUCCUCUCUCUUGCUAAAGAUGAAAGACAGUUUAUCUCUCCAUCAGAAGCUGUUUUCCCCUGCAAUGGCCCAACAAGCACCAACAUAUUGUCUGCCAUUAAAAGGGCUUUAGUGUCAUGUGGAGAAAAUCUUGUCACUUUACCAGCUAGUGUUGCGAAUGCUAUAAAUGAGGCCUACCCAAACCCUACUACCCUAAAACAUGUGACUCCAGCAUUCCUCAGGGACAUUCUCCACAGGACCGGUGUGGAUAACAUCACCAAAGAUGACAAACUCAGUCUUUUGGAGUACAUUUUGGGUGAUAAACAAUACAAAGAACUUGAGGGUCUUCACCUCCUUCCACUCAGUGAUGGCUCUUUCAGAUCUUUCACAUACAGAGAGGAAGACACUGCUUUGAUUGACAGCCAUGAAUUUCCAAGAGUCUUGCUGCCAUUCUGUAAACCCUUCUUCAUCCCACAUGAUCUGACUCCAGCCUGCAGUGCCCAUCUGAAAGAACUGGCCAGAAGAAAUUUCUUCAAGGUCACCAACAUUGAUGCAUCCCAUGUGGCUGAAUAUGCAAGACGAUAUUUGCCACCAGACUGGAAGCAGACAGGGAAGAACCUUGUUACAUGGGACAACAACAACUGUCAGCAUCCACCUUUAGACUGGUUCCAAGAAUUCUGGAGGUUUCUCAACAGUCAUUUUAACGAGUUAAGUCCUUUCACUGACAUACCUCUAAUACCAGUUAGUCCUCUGUCUGGCAGUCAGACUGUAUCAGUAGCAAAACUACAGCAGAGCACAACCCUGAUCUUCAGAAAAGAUCUGGUUCUUGAAUACCCAAAUAAUCUAGAUCUGAGUUCUUACAUUGGGAAGGUGCCAAAGGAGAUAGGAAUAGAGCAGUGUGGACAAUCUGAACCAAUAACAAUGAGGAUAAAAAACAUUCUUAAAGAGUACGAUGAAGACAGUGACAUCUUCAAAGAGCUCAUCCAGAAUGCAGAGGAUGCUGGGGCAGAUGUUGCAAGUUCUUGGUGGAUUUCAGAGUACACAGAGAUGCCCUGA